GCCCAAAAACUAGUGAUUCUUUCACGUGUCUUCUGAACUUGGUCUUCCCGUCGUCCACAUUUGAAGAGCCGCUUAUCGCCUCCAGCACCCCUCUCUUCUCCUCCGUCUACAGCAAGAGCCUACCGCGUCCAGGCUCUCGUUCCAGCCUCUCCACGAGAAGCCUCUCUUUGGCCCCUCUUCUUCUACAAACCCACAAUUACUACUUGGCAAAGACUGGUGGAUUCCAGCACCCAAGCAAGCUCUGUAUUCUCUCGAUAAAGCAAAACCCUAAUGCUUCCCAACCUUGACCAAUCUAUCUAAACCCAACCCGUACAGCGCAGCCUCUAAAGCCAUCUACAUGUUCAUCACCAACCCCACCUCCAAAACCCUCAAAAAGCUACUCUCUUCCUCUAAAAAAUCAGUCUUUUGCUUCCUAUGCCAGCCCCAAAACCCUCCCUAUACACACACCCAAAAAUGCCACUAUGUAGAUGUUUACAUGAAGUGGAAGAAAGACUCGUACUAUGACUCAAUAGAGCACAUCCACAGGUCCAUAGAACUCAAGCCCAUUGUUUCCUUGAAAAACUGCAUAGCCCAAGACCCGAACGGUUGCAUCCCAAUCUCUCAAGUCUCGAAGAGGGCACUAGAGUUGGGUGUGCCCAUGAAUGUUGCGAGGUUCUUGAGGCAAUACCCAGCAAUCUUUGAGGAAUUUACGGGUCCCCAAUAUAACUUGCCUUGGUUUAGGCUGACCCCAGAAGCUGCUGAGAUUGAUAGAGAGGAGAAAAGGGUGUUUGAAGAACAUAAGGAUGAUUUGAAGGAUAGGCUGAAGAGGUUGAUUUUGAUGAGUAAAGGGAAAGUUUUGCCUUUGAAGAUUAGUCAGGGAAUGCAGUGGUAUUUAGGUUUGCCCGAGGAUUUUUUAAGGUGCUUGGAAGUGAAUCUUGAUGGGUCUUUUAGGCUUGUGGAGAUUGAAGAUGGGUUGGAAGGUUUGGCUGUUGAGGGUGAGAAGGUAUUGUCUGUGGUACAGAGAAAUGCAAUGAAAAGAGGGAUGCAUUUCGGGGGGACAAUGGAGGCAAUUGAGUUUUCAGCUUUCCCUUCGAAGGGUUUGAGGUUGAGGAGGAAGAUUGAAGAUUGGUUAAAGGAGUUUCAGAAGGUUCCCUAUGUUUCACCUUAUGAGGAUUUUUCACAUUUGGACCCAAAUAGUGAGAUAGCGGAGAAGCGGGUUGUGGGGUUUCUUCAUGAGUUGCUUAGUCUCUUUGUUGAGCAUUCGGCGGAGAGGAAGAAGCUUCUAUGCCUCAAGAAAUAUUUUGGGUUGCCUCAGAAAGUUCACAAGGCAUUUGAGAGGCAUCUCCAUAUGUUUUAUUUGUCUUUGAGGAACAAGACUUGUACUGCAAUACUUAAGGAGGCUUACAAUGAUAAGUCCGCUAUAGGGAAGCAUCCACUGCUGAAGGUGAGAAAAAAGUAUAUCAGGUUGAUGAAGGAGUCGGAGUUGAUUUUGAAGAAAAGAAGAUUCAGCAAUCGGUUUGUCGAUCGUGAUCGUGAUCAUGAGAAUAUGAAGUUGGAUUUGGAUUUGGAUGCUGAGGAUGAAGAGAGAAGAGAGAUGCCAGAUUGUUCUUUGUAAAUGAAUCUUUCCCUUAACAUUUAAAUUAGGCAUUAUAUGGUCUAAUAUAAAAAAGAGCUUCUGGAGUAGGACUUUUGCAGACCCUAAUUAGAGGCUAAUUAGCAGCAGAUUCUUUGAUUUGUAUAUUUUGUGUUUGGUUCUUCUAGUCACUUAUCUUUGACUUGUAAGACAUGACCUUAGCAAAUUCAAUGGAUAUACAGUCUUUGAUA